GAGCUGGACCGGAUCAUCAACCAGAUGGUGCACGUGGCCGAGUACCUGGAGGGGGACUCCACCGAGCUGAAACCCAUCUUGAAAGCGAUGAUGGAGGAGAUCGACUACGACCAUGAUGGGACAGUGACGCUGGAGGAGUGGAUCCGGGGCGGCAUGACCACCAUCCCGUUACUGGUCCUGCUGGGGAUGGAGACGAACGUGAAGGAUGAUGGGCAGCAUGCCUGGAGGCUGAAGCAUUUCAAGAAACCCGCCUACUGCAACUUCUGCCGCACCAUGCUGCUGGGGGUCCGCAAGCAGGGUCUUUGCUGCUCCUUCUGCAAGUACACCGUCCACGAGAGGUGCGUGUCCAAAGAUAUCGCCUCCUGCAUCAGCACCUACAUGAAAUCCAAGAGGAACGCCAGC